UUUGCUUUGUUUUCGUUCCGUUCCGUGUUAACCAAUUCCCAUCGCUAGCCAAUUACACACAUACUAUGUAUAAGAUAUAUAUUCACUGCGAUAACAACCAUAGAAGCUUUCACUCCAACAAAAGCUCCAGUAGCUGACUCACAAACGCCGGGAACGACGGAGUGAUAUCAUUUCACGUUUUGGCUUUGGUCGUUCUGUUGAGUUUUGCUACCAUCGCCACCAUGUCCAACGUUCCAAUUGUAGGCGGAAUUAGUCAGCUGGAGGGGAAUGAGAGGAAGGAGGCUCUGGAACUCCUCGAUGCCACUCUCGCACAGUUGGCCACCGGAGAUGGACCCAGCUUCAAGGCACUUAAUGUGACCUCUGUGACGGGUCAGGUCGUAGCUGGAAGCCUCAACACCUACGAGGUUCAGCUGGACAAUGGAUCCGAGAUAAAACAGGGCACUGUGAAGAUCUGGAGUCAGCCAUGGCUAAAGGAGAACGGCACCAACAUCAAGAUCAAGUUCGCGGGUGAGGACGACGAACUGGACCAAACUUGGUAGAAGGUUUUACCUUACUUCAACUCUGAAUAGUGCAGAUCUUAAAUGUUAUACGUAUGUGUUAUACAGGACUUGCCUUUGCAAAGGUUUUAGUCUUAAAUUAUAGAAACCCUCAGGGGAACCAUAUUCUUGAGACCUCAGGUAGCGUGCAGAA